UUCAUAAAUAUUUAAUCGCAAAUAAAAAAUGUGACAGUUACGUCUGGCAAAAAAUAGAUUUCAUUUAAUGCAGUUUCAUCUGAAUAAAAUUGCAGGUGGCAAGGACGUGGGAAUCGUUAUUGUGCGAGCAAUAAAUACACAUCAGAGUGCAUUUCCAGGCGAUGCGAUUUGCAUUUAUCGCGUCAGUUCUCAAUUGGCACCUGCACGGUUAGAAGCUCUAGCGCUCAUCCAAGAAAAUGACAGAAGUGAGCGAUUUCUUCAGAGGCCGCAGCGUCUUUAUAACUGGAGGAACAGGGUAUGUCGGCAAAGCAGUCGUGGAGAAACUCCUGAGGGCUUGCGCGGACAUCGACACUAUUUAUCUCUUGGUCCGGCCGAAAAAGGGACGAAACCCGCAAGAAAGAUUGGCGCACACCUUUUCUUCUCCUAUUUUUAGUGUCCUCUCAGACAUGCGACCUGGAGCUCUAUCGAAGGUGCAAGCCGUGCUUGGCGACCUGACCCAACCUGACCUGGGCAUUAGUCCUGUGGUGCGGGAUGAACUGCAAAGGAAGGUCUCCGUUGUGAUCCACUCCGGGGCCACUGUGCGCUUCAGCGACUCGAUGAAAACGUGCACGCUGAUCAACGUGCACGGCACUCAAGGAGUCUUGAAUUUGGCCUCCAAGUGGCCCUUGGUGCAGGCUGUCGUGUACAUCUCGACUGCAUUUUGUCCAUUCCCCCAAGAGACGAUCGAGGAGAAGAUCUAUCCCGUGCCUAUCAAACCGGAGCGGUUGAUGCAAUGCGCCGAGUGGAUGUCAGAGGAGCAACUUAAUUGCGUGACCGCAAGUAUUUGCAGUGAUUGGCCGAACCCGUAUAGCUACACUAAAAACACGGCUGAGGUUCUAGUGGAAAGCUAUAAAGAUAAACUGCCCUUAGCCGUCGUCCGACCAUCAAUUGUAAUCUGCACGCAAAAAGAGCCGUUGGAAGGUUUUUGCGACACUUUCGUCGGCGUUGGGGGAAUCAUGUUUGGCGGCGCUAUGGGAAUAGUGAGAGUCAUGCCUGGCAAUUACGACCAACCCUUAGACGUUAUUCCUUUGGACACGCUAGUCAACUCUAUCAUUCUUGCAGCAUACAAAAUUGGCCGAAAUCCUCCAGGUGAAAUAGAGGUUUUCAACGUCAUAACCUCCGCGACUAACCCCAUCAACUACAGGAUGCUCGAAAAAUACGCCCGCCGCGAUUUGUUAACGGACGCUCCUUUUGAGAAUGCGAUAUGGUAUCCGCUCAUGUACUACCUGACCAACAGCAUCCACUUCAAGAUCCUUAGAUUCAUCUUACACACGAUUCCAGCUUUCCUGUUUGACCUCUGUUGUGGCAUUGCUGGAAAGCCAUUUAGGCUUGGCGACAUUUACGACAAGUUGCAUUUGAAUAUGGACGCUGUUUGGCACUUCAUGCUGAAGGACUACAAGUUCAAACACGAAAACUUCACCAAUCUGUACUCCUCCAUGAGCGAAGAGAUAAAGGAAAAAUACCCUUGUAACGUGGAAAUGAUCGAUUGGUCAACUGUGUGUCGCAGUUACAACCUGGGAGCCAGGAAGUACCUCCUGAAACAGGACCCAAGCACAAUUCCUGCAGCGAAACGCAGAAUGAGCAGGCUCUACACGAUUCACUGCAUUUUUAGAUUUGUGAUGAUCUUGAUCUUCUUGCGGAUUUUGUACAGCAUGACCCUUGGUUUGAUGAGCACUCAUGAUUACAUUACUGCCAAUUACUUUGAUUCAUAAAGUUGCAUCUUUUAAUUUAUAUUGCUGUUUUUUAUGGAACCCGGCGCCACUGCGUUAUGUCACGUGUUGUGUGAUAAAUGUUUUUGAUGUU